UUCGCGGCCAUCAUUCGGCCGUCGCCAAGAGUCGUGUAUUAGCCAUCUUUCCUCUACAAGUUCAGCGGUGAAAAUUCCGCAACGCGAGAUCGUAAAUCGAGUGAAGCGUUUACAUUUUAAAGAUGCAAACUGCAUACUCUACAAUAUACACGUACAUGUAGUAUACACGGCUUGGGUCCGUGCAUCUGUUAUUAUAAUCUCCAUUUGUUGGAGGUUGCCUUUAAAAAACUAAAAAAAAGAAUCUCAAACACCAAGAAAUGUCACCUCUAUCGCGCUACACCGAUAGUUGACGGGAUAAUAUGUCAGAUUCAAAUUCAUUUGAGAUUAAAUCAACGGGCAGCCACAGUCUUUUGGAAAAUUUGCGCAAAUUUAGAUUUCAGAAAAAACCAGUGAAAAAGAUGAACACGUCUGAUGAAGACAGUAACCUGACGAGUUCUGGAAACCAAAUACGACGUAAGCCAGUGAACAGGAUCGAAGACAGUGACAGCGAUGUGGGAAGCCCGACUAAGCUGCAAGGUUCGAUGCCACACGUUGACAAUAAACCAGAAACCAAAGAAAGGGAAGAGAAAUUCAAGUACCUGAGUACAUUGUAUCCUCGCCUCGAUGCUCCGCGAAUUCUCGAAGCGCUGAAUAACUCCAACUGGCAGACGGAUGAAGCAGAGAGACAGCUUAAUAGCCAGCGGAAGAGACUUGGCAAUAAACCAUUGUCGUCUAGCAAGAAAAAAAGGAGAAAAGUUGAUUACGACGAGGAUGUUGAUAAUGACUCAGAUGAAAAGAACUACAAGAAUAGGGUAUUCGAUAGCGAUGACGAUUCAGACGCCGCGGUAUCAAACGAACUUACUAGUGAUAAGAAAUCUGUACUGGAUUUCAUGCAAAAUGCUUUGCACAUGGAAUUGCUGCUGAUGUCACACUGCUCCCAGAAAAGAGCGAAUGCCAUUAUCGAGGCUCGUCCAUUCCACGACUGGCGAGACUUGGUGCAAAAGUUCCAAAAUUAUAGAUAUUUAGAUACUGAACUUUUAAACUCUGCCCAGGUACUGUUGGGGACACGUCACGUGGUCGAUACUUUGAUGAAGAAGUGCCUUCGACUUUCGUCGAUUCUAGAAAGAGCCGUGGCAGCCGGGGCAACGAACAUUAGGCAACAACCAGCAGGGAUUCCUUCUGGUCUGAAUUUGGCCUCAUACCAAAUGGUCGGUAUUAACUGGCUUGCUGUGCUGCAUGCCCAGAAUGUCAAUGGUAUAUUAGCUGAUGAAAUGGGACUGGGAAAGACCGUUCAAGUCAUAACUUUCCUCACUUAUCUGAAGGAGGCUGAACUGGCCGUCGAUGGGGCUGGACCUCAUUUGAUAGUAGUGCCCAGUUCGACAAUGGAAAAUUGGAGCAACGAAUUUGAGCGUUGGUCUCCAGGCUUAAAGGUAGUCGGCUAUUACGGGUCACAGGACGAGCGCAAGGAGAUGCGGAUGGGAUGGCGUGCCGGUGAUUUGGAAGACGUUGACAUUAUUCUUACUACUUACAACCUGGUCAGCAGUACACCCGAGGAACGAAGACUCUUCAGAGUAAUGCCCAUGCAGUACGUAGUCUUCGACGAAGCUCACAUGCUCAAGAACAUGUCAACCAUUAGAUACGAAAACCUCAUUAGGAUCAAUGCAAAACAUCGAAUCCUGCUUACUGGCACUCCUUUGCAGAACAAUUUACUUGAAUUGAUGUCACUGUUGAUGUUCGCAAUGCCAUCAAUGUUUGCGGGCAAACAAGCAGAGUUGAAAAGCCUGUUUUCAAAAAAUACUAAAAUUGCAGCCGAAAAGAGUGGCCGUGCAGAAACGGAAUUUGAAAGGGAACAAGUAGUCAAUGCGAAGCGAAUCAUGAAGCCAUUCAUCCUUCGCCGUUUGAAGUCGGAAGUUUUACAGGAUUUACCUGUGAAAACGGAACAAGUUAUUCGUUGUCGUUUAGAAACGUCGCAGCUCGAAUUAUACCAGAAUUUGGUCGCUGAGUUCACUGUUGAGGCUGAUUCCAAUAAAGAAGUUAAUGGUACUGGAAUGAUGAUGCAGCUGAGAAAGCUAGCUAAUCAUCCCUUACUUAUAAGAGACUACUACAACGAAACGAAACUCAAGGAUAUGGCAAAGAAAUUGUCUCGUGAUCCAACAUACAAGCAGAAAAAUCCUGACUAUGUGUUUGAGGAUUUGCUAUGGAUGUCAGACUAUCAGAUAAACCAACUAACAAGAGUGCACAAGUGUUUGGCAGGACAAGGGCUGCCGCAGGAAUUGAUCCCAAAUUCAGGCAAAUUUCAAAAAUUCGACGAACUUUUACCGAAACUCAAAACUGAUGGUCAUAGAGUUUUAAUAUUCAGCCAGUUCACGUCUAUGCUGAAUAUUAUUGAGGACUAUCUAGCCAUCAGGGGACACAAAUUUACAAGACUGGAUGGUCAGACGCCGGUACCAGAAAGACAAUUUUUAAUAGAUGAAUUUACACAAAAUCCAGACAUAUUUAUUUUUUUACUAUCAACAAGAGCUGGCGGUUUAGGAAUAAAUUUGACUGCAGCGGAUACAGUCAUAAUCCACGACCUAGAUUUCAACCCAUAUAAUGAUAAGCAGGCCGAAGACCGUUGUCACAGGGUUGGUCAACAGAGGCCAGUUUCGAUUAUAAGAUUCAUAGCAAAGGAUACUAUAGAAGAGGGUAUGUACGAAAUGGCACAGGGAAAACUCAACUUGGAACAACAGGUUACUAACAACGAAGACAGUGAAAAUACCGACAAGAAAAGCGUUCUCAACUUACUUAAAAUGGCACUGGGAUUGGAUACCUCAAGCAAAUCUCUAACACUCCCAUCGACGAAAUCAACAAAUGGAUCGGUACAGAGACCAAGUAUAGGGGAAUAGGGAAUGAUACUUUUUUAAAAACGCAUCCUCUCGGUCAAUUUAGAUGUGUAAUUGUAUGCAUUUUUUUCUUAACAAUUCCGAUUUUAACGAUUGAACGAAGUGAUAUUUCAAAUUUCCGAAGGUGAACUUUAGUUAAUAAUUUUAUCAUUUUACAAAGUCUUUUAAUUAGGUUUUUAAUGAAUGCAUCGAUCUGGCUUUGGAGCUGCAAUUCCCACUGCUCGAAAUAUGUAUACAAUAAUUGAAACUCCAUUAUCCAGGAUACGUAAAAAAGUAUUACUAUAAUUUAUUAUUUUAUACUCGCAGGAUGAAUGGGUAUUGCAAAUUUUUCUACCGUUUGCGAAUAUACAAUACAGUAAGUAUACCACUCUUGCCGUAAUUUCUAAGAUUGUCUGUCGUGUAAGUGCUGGUAAAUUUUUUAACCCGUUUGUAUAUUUUCAAUUAAAUAAAUUAUAAUUAAGCACGUCGAUGGAGCAAGGGCCUACAUCAAAAGCAAGGUCCAGACAAAAAUAAGAUGACCCCAUCCGACUUCGGUCAUUUUUCGCCAAACGUACUCAACUUUCCAUUUUCAUAAAUUUGGUUCUUCGAUUCAGUUUGUAAUGUUCAGUUAAAUACUUCACUUCAGAAAGAGCUUAAAUUAACUUAUGGUGUUCCAUCGAUCCUAUCAACAAGAUCCAUAAAUGCCUGAAACUUUUUCAGACAUCAAGUACCCAUUGUGUGUACAACCUACACCCCAAUAUUUAAGAGUGAACAAAUGAUUUUUAAUUGUUUAAAAAGAUACGGAGCAUGGACCACGGUGUGGAUGAAUAUUGAAAUCAAUAAAGUACAACAAUCUACAUGAUAAUGGAA